GUCAGACUCGCCGCGAUUAGGUCGUGGUGUAGAGUGUAGAGUUGUAGACGGAAACCGUACUAGUCGCGUCGCGACCGCGCGAUGGUACGCACGUUUCCUGCAUUCGGUGUCUCGUGAAGAGAAACUCCGGUGCUGUUGCUGUCUCCCUCCCGGGUUUUACCCUCACAAUGUCUCACCUCGUCAUCGCCGUCGUCAUUCAUCGCCGCACGCGCUACGAAGAAUGAUAACGUGACAGCGCGCGGUUCCUUUUCCUGGUUUCUUAAUUUCAAUUAUUCUUCCUCUUUAUUUCUUCUCUCCUCUUGGUUCGCGCUUCGACCUAAGUUGAUUUCCGUCGGAAAAUCGGAUGGUUCACCGACGAUCGGUGGUGAGAGCGGUUCAGUCCCGGUGCUCCGUGCAGCUCCGUGCAAGAUUCACGAAAGGGAGAUUCGUUCACUCGCUCGAAGCUGCUGCAGUGACGCGUCCUCCUCCUUUUUUUUCAUCUUCCUUCUCUUCUUUCCCGUCGUCGGCUACGUCACAUCGGAUUACAUCAUGACAGAUGCGACACCACCGAAGGCAGCGUAAUGCCGAGGGAAUCUUGUCCCGGGUUGCUGUUGACCCUGGUAUCGGUAUUCGUCGGGCUAUGCGAGUCCUCCGGCGCCCAGCAGCCAGCACAGCCGCAGGCACAGCAACAGCCGCAGCCACAGUCGCAGCAGCAACAUCCGGUUUGCAAGCCCGGGCUGGAGUUCUGGUCCGGCGAACGCGCCUCGUGCUGGCCGUGCACCCGUUGCGCCCCCGAGUUCACCUUAAGCCCGUGCGCGAUUCACAAGGACGCGGUAUGCGGCCCAUUGUCGGCACUCGAGCUCGAUUGGUCCUUCCUGUCGUCGACGGCCAGAAAAAGGCUUUCGCGCGCCGGCGAUGACGAUGAUGGAGUUACUCCAAAUGCCGCGGAGUCCUUGCGGUUCCCUGAAGAGAGGACGAAAGAACGGCCGUUCUUCGUUGCGGGAACCGUCAACCUUGAUCGCGAGGGCGACGGAAGCUUGACCGACAAGGAGCCGGUCUCCAUCUCGCAGGAAUCCAAAAGUCCGCGGGAGAGAAGAAAAUUGAUCGUCGAGGAUAAUUUAUCGUGGGACUGGCAGACCGGCGCUCUAGUCCUCGCGGUAUGCGCCUGCAUAGUAUUCUUCCUGGUAGCGGGAUGCUCGGCUCUCGUCUACGCGAGACAAUGGCGACGAAUGAAGAGGAACUUUGAGCCGGCGGGUCUCGAAGAGAUAUCGGCUAGAUUGAACCUAAUGGUGAAGGCAGAGUUGGCCGAAUUGGUCGCAGGGGCACCGAUGAAUCCAGGUGAUCCCGAGACUAGAUGUCAAUAUCUUGAGAAACUUUUAGACCGGAAACGAGAGAUUCCGGUAGUGGUGGUGGCGACGACAACGACGACGACGACGACAACAACGACGACGACGACGGCGGCGGCAGCAACAGUGGUGGCGGCGGCGGUUGGCUGGCCGGAGGCGGCGGCCGGCAACUUGUACAUCGAAGAGGGGAGGACCACGUCGACGCCGACGAGAAGCAAGCAAUCGCAGAUCGCGCGAAUUCAACGUAACAUUGAAACUAUUCUCAGUCACAAAACAAGUCAGGGUGCCGAUUAAUCGAAAGAUUCCUGCUUAUGUUACCUGGAAUUUUUGCGCCACGUCUUUUCACAAGUUUGCAAUGAAAUCAUUUUGCUUGAAAAAACGAACUAAGGAACCGACGCUUCUUCUGCGAAGAUUUUCUCGAUGAGCUUUAAUAAGGAUUUAAUAUUGAAUUCGCGCUUUCGCGAAUAAGCUUUUGAGUUCCCCUCGCAUGAAGGAAAAAUUUUCAACAAAAGUUACACACACACAUAUAUAUUGUAGUUCAUUCCGUGAAAAGAAUUGUGUCAAAAUUGAAGGCACGAUCUUACAGAAUCAGAUUUUGUCGAUUGUCUUCAAUUCAUCCAUAUGUAACAAAAGAUUCAGUACGUUCGGAUGAACGUGAGCCAAGUAUUAGGACAAACUGCGUUUACUUUAUAAUUCAAUAUUGUUAAGUGUAAUGUAGUGUAAUUCAUUACGACAACCAAACAAUUGAAUACUCACACUUUGGACGAAUGCGCCAAGUUGGUCGUGAUUGACUAAAAUAUUUAGUUAGACUAAAUAUUUAUUAUCUCCCCUUCCCCCUAUCUCUCUCUCUUUCUCUUUCCGUGCAUGUUGCAGUUACGAAUGAGGAAACGAAAAAAUUGCUAAUUAUAUUCAAUUACAUCGUAAUAUAAUUGAUCCUUUAAAUGCAUUUAGAUCAAAUAAAUCUUCAUCAAGUAAUUUCUACAUUUCCUAUAGAACAAGACAACAAAUUAAAUUAUAGCUCCGUUUAAUCUGAAUAAUCUAUUAUUUACAACUUGAUUUUAUGUCUCGGAAAGAAAUUUUCACAUUCUUUUUAAUUAACAAAAUAUUGUGAACAAAACUACGAUAUCUAGAUGAUUAUAUUAGACGGUACAAUAUUUAGAAAUUAGAAAAUUCUAAACAGGUAAUUAUUUAGCAUCAUUGAUCUAAAAAUAAUGUGUACAAGAAAGAAAGAAGGAAAGAGAGAGAGAGAGAGAGAGAGAGAGAGAGAGAUAGUGCAGUAAUAUGAAUAAAUUGGAAUUUGUUUGUCGUUUUAUUCGGCCGAAUCGAAUUAGGUGCGACUUCACUCUUCCUCCCUUUGUUUAUUUUCCUCUAGCAAAUUAGUAAAACCGUCAUCUGCUACGUCCCGCAGCUCGAACGCGAAUCGAGCUACGAAUGACAUGAUCUUAUGCCCGGAUUCUAUUUAGUUCUCUCUUCUUUCUUUUGAUAGCUUUAAUAACGAACACUGUAAUAUAAAGCGCUUCUGUAUUCAUACACACAUGGUAACGCAAUAAAAAAUAAGAUUAUAAUGUAUAUUACGUAAUGAAUAGUCAUAUUUCUUUUCUGAAUUGAACGCACGGAACUGUGAUGUUUAGUAAAUGACACGUAUGUGAAAUAUAUAUAGGGUGUUCAGAUUUAAAUGGAAUGUGAUUUAUAUUGAAACCAACUUUUCUUUAAUAUAUAAGGAUAUGAAAAAAUUCUUAUAAACUUUUAAUCUAA